AUGGCUACCGCUACUAAACAACGCCAGCCUCGCCUUCGAGCAUCUUGUGACGGAUGCUUCCUCGCCAAAGUCAAGUGCUCCAAGGCAAGGCCAAUAUGUUCCAGAUGCCUCACCUGUGGCAUAGAAUGUCGAUACUCGCCAUCAAGCAGAGCGGGAAAGCCGAAGGCUUCGGAGAGCUCCAAGGAACAACCAGUACGCCAAGAUUCAGCCGGAAGCCCCACAGUCCCCAGCAAUAACAACAACAAUAACAACAUGAUGUAUGGCAUCCCCGCUAGCAUGCCGGGCAUGUAUGAGUUCGAGGGAGGCUGGGUCACCCCACCCACCAGCAUUGAUGGAUCUAUGAGCCGUACCCAUUCAAUAUCAUCUGGUCUCGCAUUCAUAGGAGUCGAUGGCAGCCCGCCAGCGAAUGUGGACCCCAGCAUGGCCACUGAAAUGUAUGGCCCUGGAAUACCGUGGACACCACCGAGUGAGAUACCUGCUUCAUUCACCGACACCACUCUCACAAACAACAUUGCGAACGAUCACAGCCAUCGUCGUUCCCAAUCUUACGACAUGGGUGGAGGCACUAUGGGUUGGGUGGAAGCAAAAGGGACAGAGCUUUUCGCUUUCAACCAGGUUUCGACACCAACAACAAGCAUGGCGCCAAACUGCUUUCCCAGCCCGACAGUGACACCUCAUCAUAGACAAACUUCGCCGAGGUCAAAGUCAACGCCAUCCAACUCAGCGGGCGGCUCUUGCACGUGUUUUACAGUGUGUCUGCAGUCGCUGCAGGCUCUACAUAAUGCAUCUUCUCCUGCGGCCCCGCCCUUUGACUUGGUGCUUUCCCUCAACCGGAAAGCAGUUGAGGGGUGCGCAGCUAUGCUAGCCUGCACACGAUGCAUGAGGAGAUCAGGUACUCACACAGCUGCCAUGCUGCUGGCGACGGUCAUAGGCACCAUUACAUCUUUCUACAAGAAUGCCUCACAAUCUUAUUUCGAUCAUGAGGGGCCGUCAAACGGCCAUAUGACGGCGCAGAUUCCCAUCCCGUCGAUGACAACAAGCAACGGUAUGACGGGGCUCGGCGUGAGUCUCGGCGCCUACACGGUCAAUAGCGAGGACAGCCGCUGGUUGGAGCUCGAGAUCCUCGCACGUGAGCUUCGGAAGCUCGAAGAGGUGUAUGCGAAUUUCCGGGAGGUGUGCUCGGAGUUGUCAGAGGACCCCGAGGUCAGCAAGGCGAUGCUCGGGUAUCUGGGCCAGAACUUGGGAUCUACAAUGCAAGUUGUCACGCAUCGGAAGGGCGACAUUCAUUUCUCGUGA